AAAAAAAAAAAAAAAAGGAAAACAAGACCGACCAAAGCCGAUUAUUGUUAAAAAUGUGAACAGAAAAGGCUGACCAGACUACUACCCAUAAAAACAAAGAAACAACUUCCCUUAAUACUCCAAAUCCAAGCGCCCAACUACUAAUUACAAAACCAAAACCAAAACCAGAAUCCACCCUUCUUCUUUCUCUUUCACUUACACAUAAUCGACAAGACUGCCAAUUUUAAUCUCUCUUUCUGAUUCCCGUUUUUCUCUCUCUUUUGACACAGGAUUAUAAGGGGAUAGCUAGUUUGACAAUCAGGGACCAAUUAUAACUAUGGCAAACAAUGCGGCAUCUUGUGCCGAGAGGGCUACAAGUGACAUGUUGAUUGGUCCAGACUGGGCCAUCAAUAUCGAGCUUUGUGAUGUCAUCAACAUGGAUCCUGGGCAAGCAAAAGAGGCCUUAAAAGUACUCAAGAAGCGAUUAGGCAGCAAAAAUCCUAAGAUACAACUUCUAGCACUUUUUGCAUUGGAGACGGUCAGCAAAAAUUGCGGCGAGAAUGUAUUUCUGCAGAUCAUCGAGCGUGACAUCCUACAUGAUAUGGUUAAAAUAGUGAAGAAGAAGCCAGACUUAAAUGUGAGGGAAAAGAUACUAAUCUUGAUAGACACAUGGCAAGAAGCUUUUGGGGGACCAAGGGGAAAGUAUCCCCAAUACUAUGCUGCAUAUAACGAACUAAGGGCUGCUGGAGUUGAGUUUCCACCCCGAGCAGAAAACAGUGUACCCCUCUUUACUCCUCCUCAAACGCAACCAAUAGUUCAUGCACCUUCAGCAUAUGAAGAAGCUGCCAUACAGGCCUCUCUGCAGUCUGAAGAUGCUUCUGGUCUCAGCUUGGCAGAGAUUCAAAAUGCUCAGGGACUGUCAGAUGUGUUAAUGGAAAUGCUUGGUGCGUUAGAUCCUAGGAACCCUGAGGGUCUCAAAGAAGAAGUCAUCGUUGACCUUGUUGAUCAGUGCCGUUCCUACCAAAAGCGAGUCAUGCUUCUUGUGAAUAGUACAGCAGAUGAGGAGCUGUUGUGUCAGGGAUUGGCUUUGAAUGAUAACUUGCAGCGUGUACUUAGCCGGCAUGAUGAUAUUGCGAAAGGGACUGCUCCUGCAGCAGAAAGGCAAGUGGACACUCCAAUUGUGCCUCUCGUUAAUAUUAACCAUGAGGAUAACGAGUCUGAAGAUGAUUUUACACAGCUGGCUCAUAGGUCAUCUAGAGAAAAUGCACAAGGACGGGGCAGGAAACCAGUCAGCGUCAGGACUGAACCGGGACGAGUCAGCCCUCUGCUUCCUCCUCCUCCUGCAUCAAAGAGGCCAGUUAGUGUAGACUCUGGCAUGAUUGAUUAUCUCAGUGGUGAUGCCUAUAAGUCUCAAGGAUCUCCUGAAAAGUCUGAUCCAACACCCUUUACAGUUCCAAUUCAUUCCAACAAAAACUCCUCACCUCCAUAUUCUCCAACUCUAUCUGCUUCAUCUCCUCCUUCCCAAGCUGUAAACUCAUCACCUUUGUUCACUGGGCAGCCUGAAUACGAUGAACCAGCUCCAUUACGAAAAUCUGCAGAUGGGCUGCCCCCAGCUCCUUGGGAUACACCUUCUAGUGUAUCUCUUCCACCGCCUCCUUCCAGGUAUAAUCAGAGACAACAAUUCUUUGAGCAACAACAUGGUUUUACUCCUGGAGCUUCUCAUUCAAGUAGUGGAUCCAGUUCCUCUUAUGAUAGCUUGGUUGGUCAAACCCAGAAUCUGUCGCUUAAUUCAUCUACUCCUACUAAACAAACAAAACCAGAAGAUGCUCUCUUCAAAGAUCUUGUUGAUUUUGCAAAAGCCAAGUCAUCUUCGCCGUCCAAAUCCAAUAGAUCAUUUUAGUUGGUACAGGUUAUCUGUGUUGGUACAGGUUUCAAAUACUUACUAGAGUUUUGCAUUGGACCUUGAGAUUGAUUACCAGUUAAUAAAUGUCAGGUUUAAACUUUGGGUAUGGUUUUUCUAUGGUGUUUAGCAGAGCAUAGGUUUUAUGUUGAGAUAAAACUGCUUAUUGUAUUUAUUCUAGUACAUAUAUUAGGAUUUGGUUGUAUCAUAUUGCGUUCUAGAAUUUCUUUCCGCUCA